AAAUUCUUUUUAUUAAUCCUCUUUAUUAAAUGAAAUAUUACAGGCCAUACAGACAAAAAAUAGAACUAAGUCAAAGGCCAAAAGCCAAAAGUUAACGCCAAAAUACAUCUUGUACAUCUUCAUAAACCGCGAAAAUGGGGUAAAUUUCUAGUUAAACCGUCAUAGUAAGUUAUUGAAAUGAUUCCGAAUACAAAGCGCACGUCUCUGAGCCCAAAAAGUGUUCGUCGGGUGGCGAAUCCAACGCCGCCUGACCGCACGCCCGGCAAUGUCUUCGCAUCGCACAGGGAAUAUAAAAAGUGGACCAGGGCCCGUAUUAGCUCGACGCACCACACCAUGCUGGACGCGACGCGCACGUACGUCCGCGGGCCGGGCGACUCUCGCGCGCACCCCGGCGGCAGCAACGAGGUGCCGUUCCAACGAGUGGCCGUCACUGGCAUACAUGCCACAGGGGUGCCUCUGGAAGACUUGAUUCGUGCAGCGAGCCUGCUAAUAGAAGCGAUGGCGAUGCGCCGCCAUUACAUGGAAAUUUCCAACCAGUCGUUCCCAUCGACCCUGGCGUUGUACCUGACCAGCCGCGACGUGCCGCAGCGCAUGCCCGACAAGCAUAGACAGUCUGCGGACUUCAACCAGGCCUUGCUGAGCAUCGACAAUAACGCUGCGGAACAGUAUUUACAGCUGAAGAACAGCUCAUCGGAGGAGCUCCACCGGCCGCUCGCCAACAUCACGCUCAGCCCGCAGAGAUCUGAUAGCAGAUUUCCCUUGGUGAGUACGCUGUCGGUGGUGAGACCAGCUGACACAAUAAGAACUUCCAUCGAGAGUCAUGAGGAUAUACUGCAGCCACUUUUACCUGGUGUGUACUUGGACCCUUGGGCGUGUCCCAUGCCCCCCGACCGUCACUACACGUGUCGGUGGGUGCGCGGCGUGGUGUCGGUGUACCGCAGUGAGGCCGACGCCAACGCCGACCGCCCGCUGCCGUACCGCACGCUCAGCUUCCAGCAGUACAUCGAGGACCUAGGACGGCUUACUGCUAUGAUUGCAGAUGGGCCUUUGAAAUCCUUUUGCUUCCGUCGUCUAAGCUACUUGUCAUCCAAGUUCAAGAUGCACGCCCUCCUCAACGAGCUACAUGAGCUCGCACUGCAGAAGGCCGUGCCGCACAGGGACUUCUACAACAUAAGCAUAACUUCUUAUAAACCAACAUCCACACUCAGGAAGGUGGAUACCCACAUCCACGCGGCGUCCUGUAUGAACCAGAAGCACCUGCUGCGCUUCAUCAAGCGGACCCUCAGGCAGCACGCGAACGAGGUGGUGGCACUACAGAACGGGAAUCCCAUGACCCUCAAGCUGGUAUUUGAGGAGAUGCAGCUGGACGCUUAUGACUUAAACGUGGACAUUUUGGAUGUGCAUGCGGAUCGCAACACAUUCCAUCGCUUCGAUAAAUUCAAUGCCAAGUACAACCCAGUCGGCGAGAGUCGUCUCCGGGAAGUGUUCCUUAAGACGGACAACUACAUGAACGGGACGUACUUUGCAAACAUUAUCAAAGAAGUGAUGGGAGACCUCCAAGAGAACAAAUAUACUUACUCUGAACCGCGCAUAUCGAUCUACUGCAAGAACAAGCAGGAGUGGACGAAGCUGGCGACGUGGGCGGUGCGCAACGACGUGCACUCGCCCCACGUGCGCUGGCUCGUGCAGGUGCCAAGGCUGUAUGAUAUCUACCGCAUCAACAAGCUGCUGAAAAACUUCCAGGAGUUCCUGAACAACCUAUUCGAGCCACUGUUCGAGGUCUCCGUGGACCCCAGCUCUAAUCCCGAUUUGCACAAGUUUCUAGCGCACGUGAUCGGCUUCGACAGUGUAGAUGACGAGUCCAAGCCGGAGAACCCGAUCCUGCACGAGGACGUGAAGACUCCUGAGGAAUGGGACGACGAGGAGAACCCUCCCUACGCGUAUUAUUUGUACUACAUGUACGCUAAUAUUGUGGCGCUUAACCAACUGCGCAAAGAACAAGGGUUAAACACAUUUGUUCUACGGCCACAUUGCGGCGAAGCGGGUCCGGCGACGCAUCUGAGCGCCGGCUUCCUGCUAGCUGAGAAUAUCUCACACGGCCUCAUGUUGAGGAAGGUACCAGUGCUGCAGUACGUGUACUAUCUGGCGCAGAUCUUCAUAGCGAUGUCUCCUCUCAGCAACAACUCUCUGUUUCUGCGCUAUCAUCGGAACCCGCUGCCGGACUUCUUCGCGCGAGGGCUGCGCGUCACGCUCAGUACUGACGACCCGCUGCAGUUUCACUAUACCAGGGAGCCGCUGAUGGAGGAGUACAGUAUCGCGGCGCAGGCGUGGAAGUUCAGCUCGUGCGACAUGUGCGAGCUCGCCAGGAACUCUGUCAUCAUGUCAGGAUUUCCUCACGAGAUGAAGCAGUACUGGUUGGGUCCGGAGUAUCUGCGCGAGGGUCCCGCGGGAAACGACAUCACGCGCACCAACGUGCCCGACGUGCGCAUCUCCUUCCGACACGAGACGCUGCUCGACGAACUGGACAACUUGUUCACUGCCCCAGUCACUUGAUUCUUAAUCAAAGAAGAUAUUUUAGUCAAAAGAGAAACACCAAUGUCUCAGUAAAGUACUUUAUUUACAAUAUUUACAAUUAAAUUAUCAUCCAUA